AUUUUUUUAUUUUAUCUUUUAUAUUCAUUUUCUCACUUUUUAACUAUCUCAUUAAUUAUAUUUACUAUAAUAUUUUGCCAGGAUUAUUUACAUAUUAACUAUAAUAAUUCGACAUAUUUGAAUGAAACCACUCUAUUUGUGAUAAGAAUUCAAAAUGGUUAACAAAUAUUUUUUUUAUUUUCUUAUGUAUCGGUUAGACAUGGACAUUCGGAUAACUAUUCAGCUACGAGUUAUUUCUUUGGGUUAUUAUGCUUUUUGAGUUUUGAAACUAGACUUCAUUUCGGUAUUAUAAAUUUUCAUGUGUGUUUCGAAUCGGGUCUAGAUGAAUUCAGUCUUAAUAUAUACAAACCUACAAAUAUCCAAAAACUAAUGUAUUUGACGCCUGUACGGAUAUUUGUAUGAACAGUAAGAAUAUUAACCGAUUCAAUUCGGGUAUGUUGAAUUCAAAUUAAACUAAAAAUAACCAAAUAACCAAAAGUAAUCAUAUUACUCUAUUUGAUUCAGGUUCGAUUAUGAUGUAUAGAAAUCUAAAAGUACUUAUGCAAUUAAUUAUAUUAUGACACAUAAAAUAUAUAAUACUAAACAUAAAAAUAAAAAUAAAAUAUCGAUUUAUAAGAAAGUAAAAAUUAACACCCGCACGGGUGUGCGGGUCAAUCUCUAGUUGAUAUUACAACAUGGUCAAUAAUUCAUUACUAUAUUUUGGGAUGGAAAUUUCAGUGCUACUAUAUAUUUAAUGAAAAAAAUAAAAACUCUCAGCAAUUUAUCAAUUUUCUUGUUGAAAAUUAUAGGAACCCAACAAGAAAAAUAUCAAUAACUACCAACAAUAAGUCUGUUAAAAAUUAGGACUAAAAACAACGAUUCAUCAGAAUUCACCGACGGAACAUCUGUAGAAAUUAAAAAUUAAACUCUUGACUUUAGGUUAUAUAUUGAUCUUUGCCAACUGAUUCUCAAAAUACAUAUUACUAACAAUCCUCAUAAAAAGUUUAUUUUUUCAAAAAGAUCACAGCACUGGUCCAACACGAGCAAGCGAUACCUAUUGCUUUCUUACGAACAUUCCUCCACAAAUUUAACCGUCUAGUGGAUUUUAGAAAGAUAAAAAACGUCUCGUGGAUCUCAAAAUGUUCAGAAUAAAUAUAUUUUAUUAACAAGAUAGUUAUCUUCAGUGUCAAUAUCAUUUCUUACUUUUACAUCAUAGUUACAAUAAUUUCUUUAAAAUAUUUAGAAAAGCUAAAAUGUUAUGUAUUAAAGAUUCCUUUGGUUGGUUUCUUAGUGCUACAUUUGUUAUUGGAAGACAAGUUAAAUCGAAGUACUCUUUCCGUGCAAAAACCAGAGCCGUUAUUUUAGGAGUGUGUUCUUUGUCGCCAAGUUAAUGUUCCCAAGUUGCCCUUACCUUUUGCGUUUGGGAGAUAUGGUGCACUGCAAAAAACUGUUUACACAUCCAAGGGUAUUAUUGGAGUAUUUCAUGUAAAUAUUUAUUUGAUAGUUUCAGUUUAAUCGUUCCUUUUCAUUUCAAAUUCCUUCCUCAGAAAAGAAAGAGGCAAUAACAAAGAGGCAAUAUUUAUCAUACAUGAAAAUCCAAUAUCAGGUAGAAAAAUUCUACUAACAGGCAGAUAACAAGCUCGGAUGUAGUCUCACUGUCGGUGAGAUGAAUACACCAUAUGAGGCGACUGUGAUUUCACGAGCCUGAGUUUUGGAGAGGAACGAUCUCAAGAGUAAACCGGAAGAUACGCAUCCAGCUAGCUACAUAUGAAAAUACAGGUUUCUUAAUCGAAGGAAAGCACAAUCGGCUCUGAAAGAAGAAUGACUCCGCACGUCAGCACCCCUUAACGCUCUGAUAUUUCGUAUAUUUUUAUAUGUUUAAUACAUGAUGUUAAACAAAAGAUAAUGCAAAUAUCUUCCUCUCGCUGAUGUAAUAAGAAAAAAAUAAUUCAUAUAAAUUAUGAUUAUCCAAUACUCCCCCAUACACCUUCUAUAUAUCUGUGUAGAUAUAAAAUUUAAGGAGUGAUAAUUGAUGAUACAAAGUCCUACAAACAUAAACAUCUCCAUGAUAGGCCAAAGAUUGCGGCUGAGAUGCCUCGGAUACCUUUGCUUUAUCCAAUGUGGGUAACAAAGUGGUCGGAGAUACAAUCUAUAAACUCAUUUCCCCUCAUUUCUAAGCAAAAGAUAUGUAUAUUAUAAGAUAAUACAUAUCUAACACACACCCAGGCCAUCAAUGUAUACCAUGGUUAAAUAGCCAUUUAAACGGCACGUUUUCUAAUCUCCUAGACAAGUUUACUGUGUUUUAAGUUAACUUUCAUUCCACGUCUUUUAGAUGCUAGCUAACAUGUACUGUUUAGCCCAUAUGGUUGGAGGUAAAAAUAUAAAUAUGUUUUCCGGUGAAUUUUUCUCCUUGAGUUUGGUUGCGUAAUGGGAUAAUGAAUGAGAUUUAAAUAUUACCAUAAAUAGUAUGUCCUAUAUAUGUUUUUAUCAUUUUUUCAAAAAGAAUUACUUUGUUUGUCUUGGCAGUUGGCACACUCAAUGUUGGCACACUCAAUAACUACUUAUCACAGUAUCACUAUUGUUAGUUCUGCAAUCUGUUAGAAAUGCAUCUUAUACCAUUGAAUCAAAGGGAUUAAUGUUCAUAAUUUAAUUUGGGAAAACUGAAAAGAAAAAUGUAUCAAAAGCUUUAUGCCUUUUUUUACGCCCAUGUCUCUCCCGUGUGGCGACGGUGUGGAGAUUUUUCUUGACUGAAAAAAGAGAAAACAGAUUUGGUCAAUAAUAACUUUCUAGACACCAUAUUAUCACAAUAUUAACUUUUUAGAAAUCAGAUAAUAAUCCAUUAUUCAACAAAUUGCAACCCCAGUUUGUCAUAAUUUUAAGCAAUUGGUUGGAACGCUAUCAGUGCUUGAUAUGUUUUACCUUAAUCAAUACAAUUAUGGAUAUAAGAAAUGAGUAUAUGUAAUAUACAUAUAUAGAUUAAUGUGACAUGAUCUAGGUGCAUAUUUACUAAACUUUUAUGUUAGAAACUUUGUUAUUGCUUCACCCAAUUGCAGAAAAUGGGCUCCACACCCAAACCUUUGCUCUCAUUUACUCUAUAAAACCAUCUCCUCUCUUCACACACCAAAAACUCCAUCAAAAUUCCACUAUCUUUUUUCUGUUUCACCUACCUUUCUGCUCAAGAAGAAAAAAAACCGUAACUUUUUGCCCAAGUUAACUCCAAAAUGCAGCCGCAAACCGAUGUUUUCAGCCUCCAGAACUACCUAAACUCCUCGAUCCCAUCUCCAUAUCCUUCCCAUUUCCAGAUAUCAUCGCCAUUUCCAAUCAACGGUCAAAACCCUAACUCCUUCUACGGAUUUCAAAAUGCUACAAACAAUCCACAAUCCAUGAGCCUAAGCAGCAACAACUCGACAUCAGACGAAGCCGAAGAGCAGCAGACGGACAAGAACAUAAUCAACGAGCGGAAGCAAAGAAGGAUGAUAUCAAACAGAGAAUCCGCAAGGAGAUCGCGUAUGAGGAAGCAGCGACACCUUGACGAGCUUUGGUCUCAGGUGAUGUGGUUGAGGAUCGAGAAUCAUCAGUUGCUUGAUAAGCUUAACAAUCUCUCUGAAUCGCACGAGAAAGUUCUUCAAGAGAAUGCUCAGCUUAAAGAGGAAACAUCUGAGCUUAAGCAAGUCAUCAGUGAUAUGCAAAUUCAAAGCCCUUUCUCUUGCUUCAGAGACGAUAUAAUCCCCAUUGAAUAGUGCAUUUUUACCCCAUGUACCACGGUUCAUAUAUGUAUUAAUAUUAUGUGUGUAUAUCCGGAGAUCUUUUUUGUUUACCAAAAGUUCCGGGUCUUAGUCCUCAUGCCGGGGAUGAGAGAAGGUUAAUUAGUCCAAAGAUUAGCGUUAAUGAAGAACAAAUAUAAGUGGUGUUGGUCAAAUCAUGGGUCAUAUUGGUGAUGGGGACACUGUAAGGUGGUGUGGGUUUUGUUUUUUAUUACAACGAUUUCCAAAUUUCCAACUA